ACUGUCUCUCACUGUCUGGCUCUCUUCUCGACUACUCUCAGCGAAGUGCGAACGCGAAGGCCGAAGGCACGAAGCGAAGACGGAAGACCGGCGACCUCCGAGGCUCCGACCAGCGACUGCGAACUCCAGUUCUCCAGUUUGGUUUGGCCUUCUCCAAUUCUCCCGGUCUGCUGCGACUGCGAACUCCAAGUCUCCGACGGCGACCUGCUCCCCGCGCGCGGCCAGCUCCGGCCUCUCUCGCUACUGGCUACUGUGCUUCCAGCGAAGCUCCCUAGUAUGUCGACCACCAAAAUCCUCCCAGUUCCAGACUUCCAGGAAAACCGCCUGCAAGCGCCCGCCUUCAAAAUCAGUCCGUCCAGCACUCUAGUGGCGCAGGCUGCCACUCUGCCAGCACCCAGCUGCCCAGCGACAUAGCCUCGUCACCCUCGCAGAGUCGUAGAGACGCAGCCUGCAAGAAGAAAGCAGAGUUUGCUGAUGUACAUCACCCCUAAAAACAUAAGAAUUGCCCAGUGGCUGCCCCUCUUCAGCCCCUUCAUCCUCCCUUCCCCAGGGGUGAUUGGGAAGUUUGGGUUUGUGAAAUUGGGGCAGCGCAAGAGGAGGAGCUUGGUUGGGGUUAGUGUGAAAACCAAGAUGGAUUUGAGAGUGGAGACUAAUAGGAUGGGAAUGGUGCAACCAGCAACAGAGGAUUAUGCUGAAGCUGCAAUUGAAGCUAUCAAGUCUGGGAAUGUUAUUGCUGUCCCCACCGACACGCUCUAUGGCUUUGCUUGUGACGCUUGUUCUGCUGAGGCCGUUAACCGUAUAUAUGAUAUCAAAGGUCGUAAAUAUACAAAUCCCCUGGCAAUUUGUGUUGGUGAUGUUGAAGACAUACAAAAAUACGCCAUCACUGAUCAUUUACCUCAUGGCUUGCUUGAUUGUCUCCUUCCUGGUCCUGUAACUGUCGUGCUAAGACGAGGUGAGUCAAGUAUCCUUGAGAAGUCUUUAAACCCCGGACUUGAGAGCAUAGGGGUUCGAGUGCCCGAUAAUACAUUUAUUAGAGUUAUUGCCCGGCAUUCUGGAAGUGCACUUGCACUUACCAGUGCAAACCUUAGCGGACAGCCCAGUAGCAUCAACAUCAGAGAUUUUGAGAACCUCUGGAGCCACUGUGCCUACAUCUAUGAUGGUGGUGUACUUCCAGCUGGGCGAGCAGGAUCAACGGUGGUGGAUCUCACUAAGCAAGGAAAGUACAAGAUCUUAAGACCUGGGAGUGCCGAGGAAGAGACUGUUGCCAUCCUCCAAAAACACUCUUUGUUAGACGAUGGAAGUGGAGUGCAGUGAGUUUAUUCGUGUGUUGAUUGAGAUGCAUAAAGGGACGCUGAUGUGCCUGAUACAAGAUUCAUGUGUAAACCUGAGAUUUAGGAUGAUGGAUGAGAGCAUGGGUGAAUCUGACAAUGUUGCUGAUCAUCUAGUUUCUUGUACACUCAUCAUUGUGAAAUCAUUCUUUUUUGGUACGUCUAAUAUAAGGGAAGUGAAGGAUUUGAACUGAA